UUUGCGGAGCGGUCGGGUGUAUUUGCCGCACGCCCCCAAGCCCUCGAGGCCCCCUCCACCCGACCCAACGGCGGAGCCGGCCAGCGCCUCCCGUGGCAACCUCCCAUACCGGAUCGCUCCUUGCUGGGGCGGAACCUGGCCCGGCGGCUCCAGUCACUAUGAGUGAAACAUCUUUCAGCUUAAUAUCAGAAAAAUGUGACAUUCUCUCAAUUCUUCGGGAUCAUCCUGAAAACAGGAUUUACCAAAGGAAAAUCCAGGAACUCAGCAAAAGGUUCACCGCGAUCCGCAAGACCAAAGGGGAUGGGAACUGCUUCUACCGGGCCUUGGGCUAUGCCUAUCUGGAGUCUCUGCUAGGAAAAGGCAGAGAGACCCUCAAGUUCAAAGAGCGUGUACUGCAGACCCCAAAUGACCUUCUGGCUGCUGGCUUUGAGGAGCACAAGUUCCGAAACUUCUUUAAUGCUUUCUACAGCGUGGUGGAGCUAGUAGAGAAGGACGGCUCAGUGUCCAGCCUGCUGAAGGUGUUCAACGACCAGAGCACCUCAGACCGAAUCGUGCAGUUCUUGCGCCUGCUCACAUCAGCCUUCAUCAGGAACCGAGCAGACUUCUUCCGGCACUUCAUUGAUGAAGAGAUGGACAUCAAAGACUUCUGCACGCAUGAAGUGGAGCCCAUGGCCAUGGAAUGUGACCACAUCCAGAUCACAGCCCUGUCGCAGGCGCUGAGCAUCGCCCUGCAGGUGGAGUACGUGGAUGAGAUGGACACCGCUCUGAACCACCACGUGUUCCCUGAGGCCGCCACCCCUUCUGUUUACCUGCUUUAUAAAACAUCCCACUACAACAUCCUUUACGCAGCCGAUAAACAUUGAUUAAUUUUAGGCCAUGCAGUGGAAUCUGUCACCUAACGGAUUGCUUUCUGAAUGGAACAUUCUGACUUUUCAAUUUUUUAAGCAAUUUAGACUAUAGCUAGAAAAUAUACAUCCUCUUGGGCAAAGCCUCUGGAAAGGAGGCCUACCCAUUAUGGACUGUGGUAAUGGCAGUAUUUUUAGUAUUUAUUUCGAUGGAGGAUCAAAUGCUUUCUAAUUCUGGGCCAGGAAGGGCCCCCUGACUGCAUUCCAGUUCACUGAGAGACACUGGAUAGGUCACCUACCCUCUUUGGACCUGUUUCUUCAGUUGGAGGAGGUUCCUGCAAUACUGCCAUUCUGUUGUAUAAAAAAUGGAGUCCUCUGGUUUCUCUUUGCCAGGGGCAGUGCCUCUCCACAGGGGCGCAAAACUCAAGGUCAUCUGCCUAGACUCAAGUGACUCACUGUCUAGGCCUACAAGAAAGAAUCUGGUCCAGUCUGUUGUUGGACUGGGCUGUGGUGGAUGGGCUGUUGUAAACUUGAAACACACUCAUGAUGGGUGUGUUUUCCCACCCCUAACUUAAGGAGAAA